CACCGCAAACCGCUCUUGACAGAACUGGCGCUAAUGCUUAAGUUAAAACAUGCGCCCUCAUGCCCCAAUGUCAUGAAGAUGUGUGACUGGUAUGAGACUAGACACGAUUACAUGCUCGUGUUGUCGGUUUACCCACUGCACAGCGAAUCCUUGUGGGUUUUUAUUAAUCGUCUUGGAAGACUUACUGAAAGCGCAGCAAGACAUCUAAUGCGUCAGGCGGUACUGGCAGUGCAACACUGUCUGGAUUAUGGAGUUUUCCUUACAAACCUCCAUGUCGGAAACUUCUUGGUGCAGCAAUCAACAAUGAACCUGAAGUUAUUUGAUUUUGAGAUUGGAUGUAAUUUCAGAAACGAGGCCUAUAAUUACUACGACUUUAUAGGAGCUGCAUGUUGCACCCCGCCUGAGAUCAAAACGGAUAGGAAAUUCCACGCCAUGCCAGCAAACGUCUGGGCCUUAGGUGCUUUGCUGUACUUCAUGGUGCAUGGAGCCUUCCCCUAUCCUGUAAAUGACUUUUAUUGCGGGAAUCUGAAGAUAAAUGAGAAGCGUUUAUCAAAGGAAAUCUGUGAUCUGAUCAAAUGGUGCAUGGCCCUGAAACCAAGUGAUCGUCCGACGUUCGAGCAGAUCUUAGAUCAUGACUGGCUUAAAACGGAGCCUAGCGAAGAAGCGAUACUCUUAUACAAAAUGAUGGCGCAUAACUAUAAACAUGAAUAUAAAAAGGAUAAAGCUUAAUGACUGAAGGAGAGGAGAAUGAUGGGAGAUGCUGUUUUCAUCAUCCGGAGACGUAUGGAGUUUGCUAAUCAUUUUCUACAACCAGAAACCGAGAAUAGCAUGGACAUUAAAACAAUUACAAGAGAGACGAGCCAUUAUUUAAAACAGGAAUUUCUGCAUAAUGUUAUAUUUCAGCCUCAGACGUCACGACCACAGACCGCUGGCUGAACGUCUGAUGCAGAUCCUGUCUCGUCCUUCAACACAUUAAAUCAAAAUAUUUUAAUUCUUUUAAUUCUUAAUGUUUUUAUUUUUUAAAGUUGUAUAAUAUAUUAUCUAAUAUAUAUAAUAUGUCCUCUAUAGAAUCAACUAUGUCUGGCUCUCUCUCUUUAGGGUUUUUUUCUCUUAGGAGUUUAGGGAGUCAGCUUACAUUGGCUUAACUUAGAUCUCUCUUCUAUACAUUAUCACAAUGCUUGAUAGUUCAGUUUAAUCUGUACUUUGCAACUUUUGUUGUCCCUUGAUUUUUCUGUGUUUUUUCUUUUUUUAUUAAUGUAAAGCUACUUUGAAAUAAUUAAGCAAUUGUGAAAAGUGCUACAGUAUAUAAAUAAAAUUGAUUUGAAUGUGGAAGAGUUUUCUUUAACAGAUGUUUUAAUUUGCUUUAUUUACUGUUUUAUUUGAUCAAACUGAUUAACUUGGGUAACUUAUGUACAUGUUUUUCAUAUGCAAUAUCAAACCCUUGACCAUGGUAUAAAAUACUGUGAGUUAACUUAGUAAAUCCAAUCAGACACAAUGUUAAACCUGAUGUUGUUUUAAAACAAAUAAAUAAGUACACUUGACCUAAACCUUGAAAUAUAACCUUCUUUUCUCUGUGUUUUAGUUUAAUUUGCAUGAUUUCUCUCAA